AUGCACUAUUGGCUUUUCUUGCAAUUCAAUGAGUUGCCCGAGGAUUCCUGCAAGAAUUUGGAAGCAGAUCCAUUGCACCCAGAGAACAAGGCACUCUUCAUAUCAGAAAGAUCGUGGGAGGCCAAUGAGAAAGAAAUCUCAAUGAUGCAUGUUGGAGCUGACACAAGAUGGAUGACCAAUGGCCUUGACAUAUCGGCGAUCUUCAAAAAACACAAGAAGGGGGCACUGUCAUAUAUCACAGAUAAGUCCAGGGACGGUAUCAACCUGCCAUACAAUGAGGAGGUAGCAUUGCCAGACAGAUGGCUUGAACAUCAUGAGCCACCAAUUCGAUUCAUGAGCCCAAGAAAGGACAUGUAUCUUCGUGCAGGAAAUAUUCUUCACAAACCAUUGCUGUUUUUGUUCAACUGCUUGUCAAAUAAGCCAGCAAUCAAUCCUACAGGAUUUUUGUGCGAAAUCAUGGACAUAUUAUACACUAAUAAGAGGAAAGAGUAUUGGUCAGUGAGUGUGGAUGCCCUGUUUGAAGGUGAACUAAGUUGGAAAGACUUUGGCAAUUUGUUGACUGAAGAGUUAGAUUUGGGGAGGAUGAGUGGGAGGACACCACAAGCAGAGAUUCACAUGAAAGACAAUGAUUCAGUGGGCAGCGAAUAUAACUUGCCAUUUCUCCCUUUGAAUGCAAGGACUGUGGUGCAGGCUCUGAAGACAGCAAAUGUAUUGAUGUCAGUAGCAUUGAAAAAGCAAGGAGGUGAUGGGGAGCAGAACUUGGCAGAUCUUACUAAAUCAUGUCAGUGGCUUGGGGUGGACACAAAGAAAGGUAUAAUUACUUGUUGUUAA